CUUUUAGGUUUCCUCUAAUUCGAAAACAAUGGUUCCCGCCGGAGUUGAAAGCCACCACCACUAGGCGCGCCACCGGUUUCAUUCAUCCAUUCAUCCAUCUAUCUUUGGCCGCAAUGGACGACGCAAACGCUACGGUGACGACUCUAGCGGAACUCCUUCAGUCUCCUCGCCCUCUUACUGCCACCGCCCAUUCCAUCUUCUCUUCCACGCCCCCGCCGCACCGCUGCACCACCUGCCCUGUCCUUACAGCUCUUCCCCGCUCAACCGUCCUCGUCGGAACCCUAACCCUCCCCGCCCUCUCCCCUACCUGCUCCUGCCUCCGCUUCUCCGACGCCUCCGCUACCGUCUGCUGCGACCUCCUCCACUUCCGCCCUGCCGCUCUGAACAGGGAAAUACGCGUCACCGCCUGGAAUUUCAUCCCCUUCAAGCGCCACGUCUGUGAUGUCGCCCACGGCCUAUUAGAGAUUAUCAGUUGGCGCUUCUCCGACCCCAACCACGGGUCCAACGCUGUGGACUCGCUUCCGCUGGCGCCGAAUUGUGUCCGACUAUCCGGUGGCAGAAGGAGAAGCGUCCACGGUGUGGUGGAGUCCGUUGGUCCCCUCUUUGUCGUGCCGUGCACCAUGGCGGCUAGUACCUCUGACUUGAAUUCAGGCUCUAUGGUGAACCUGCCAGGGUUUUCAGUGCAAUUGGUGUGUUGUGAGUGUAGGUUUUGUUGUUCCAAGGGGGAUGUUUUAAUUGGCAAAUUGAGUGAGAGUAGGAAGGGACAUUCUUUUACCAAAAUGGAGAUUGUGUAUUUUUGUGGCAGUGCUUCUUCCUCCUGGCACCCUGCAAUCACCAAGCUGAUUGACGAACGCGUUGUGGUGUCUGGUUUGAAGAAAAAGCUAGUUUACCUGACGAAGGAGGAGUCUCAAGUGAUGUAUGUGACUGAAGAUGAGUCGGUUCUGCAUGUUGGGUCUUGUUUGGAGAAAUGCAUGCCAAGCCUGAGUGAGAUCAAGGGAAAGGGUGAAUGUGGUUCUUAUACUGGUGUAAUUAAAGGUGCGUACAUGCAAGGGAUGGUUCUGGAGUUGGACCAUGAUGUGUGGCUUCUUUUAACUGAUCAACUGCAUACCUCGAUGCAUGGUCUGAGAGUUGGCUCCGUUUUAUCUGUAAGAAAUGUGCAUAUUGUGAAUCCGCACUUUUCAUGGACAAAGAUAAUUAUUCUUGGGGCAUGCAUCAAGACCAGCAUUAUUGUGCAAUCCUUCUCCCCGUGCCAAACUGUGUGUAAUGUAGUUUUUCCUUCUUCCGGUAUGCUAGGGAAGUUCAUUCAGUCGUUACCGUUUUCUGCAAGACUCUGGGUAUUACUUCUUGUCUCAAGCUUCCGGAAAAAGUUUGCUGGUAUCUUAUCUGACAAGGAGAUUUUGGGAUCAAAACAUAAAGAAGGGCUAGUUCAGAUGUAUGCUAGUUCACUUUUCCCUUCGUCAAUAUUUCAAACUCAGCAAGGUGCUCCUGUGUGGCUGUGCACUCAUGACUUGAAUGGUUGUGCUAGAGUACUAAAUUGCAGUUUUCUGAAAUUGGUAAUACCGAUCUCUAUCUUCAUUUGUCGCUGUAUGCACACCUUGCUAAGAAUUAUGAAGCCAGAAAAUCACUGUAAAUUAUUGCCUAUUGGCAACCAGUUCAGUAUUUUAUCACGUGAAGCAAGAUAUAAUGAUAGAUCAUUUAGGCGGAUCAUUCAAAGUGAAGAUGUAGGUGUUGUUUUGCUUGGAUACCUUAAGGUUGAUCCAUCGACCAGAAGACUGCAGCUGGUUGAUGCAACUGGUGGUGUUGAUAUUGUUAUACCAGACCUUCCCUUAACUUGGAAUCCUAACGAAAUAUUUGAGGUGACGGACUAUGAGGUUUUUAUGGACAACAUAGACGAACCUAUGGAUCUGAUCGAAAGGCUUGGGAGUGAAUCAUUAUCAUGUAGAACAAUCUUUAAUUGCUCCAAAGCAGAAAGAGAAUUAAGCACUCCAUUUUUUGUUUGCUGUCAUUGGAAGAAUGUUAAAUGCAGAAACAUUCCCCUUUACUCAUGCAUAAAUAGUAAGAAUGAAAGUGAGACACUAGAGCCUGGAUCCUACUAUUUGCUUAGAGUAUCUCACAAAUUUCCUCUUCAAGAAAAGUACUCUAAUAAAGCAGGAUGUGGCAAGUCAAGUACUUUUGUUGAAGCCGUGCUUUUUCCAUUCAUUUUAUUGUUUGAUGGGAAGAGUGGAAUUGCUCAUCCAUGCAAUGAUUCUUGGGACAAGAUAGAGGAACUUUCGAAAUCUUGUCUGAGUGGUAAUAAUGAAUAUAAAUUUUCUAAUAAGAGGCAGAAACUUACUAAGGAAUCAGUAAGUUCCUCAAAGGAAGAAUUUCACACUUCCAAAUAUGAGCUGAGUGCUUGUUCUAAUUCUUCCAGGAAACCAGAAGAGAACAGAAAAUGUGUCAACAUGAAAUCUUCUCAUGAUUUAUCUUGUCUGGUUACUUUUAAAAGCCUCCAAAUUGAGAAUGAGAUUUUCCCAGCUAUCUUGCGCUCUACAUUACCUAUGAAAGAUACAAGUUUUAAUUCAAAACCUUCUUCAAGGAAAAUUUUGCUAGAGUUCUCAUCAGAUAGAUUUUUAAAGUACCAGUUGUUGCAGAUUGGUCAUUAUUACAUCAUAUAUCAUAAGACAAAGGAUUGCUAUCGAAAUACAAAAGAUGCUGACUUUGGUAGGAGUGACACUGCUAAAUUACUUGUUGAUUCCAGAAAACGUAUUUGGAGCCUUUCAUUUAUUUAUGAUGAGAACCUUUCUCAUCAUCUAUCAGUAUAUACAUCUGCAAAAGAUUCUUUAUCUCCUUCGGUUGAUGGAGUUUCACCUAAUCAUCAAAAACUUCUGCCGAGGUCCAGUGGUGAACCUUCCGGUGUCAGUUCAGAUGUUUGCUUAUAUCUCCCCAUCAGUCUUGCAGAUGUCUUUGAGGAUAAUGUUAUGGAAUUGGAAGAUAGUCGAAGCUUGCAGUCUGUAAUAUCAGAAGAUAGUGCUAACCUUUCUUUAGGUACUGGGACUUCAGAGGAUAGACCUAAAUCUUGUUUUGGAACUCAGAGAUCAAACAGCCUGUUCCCUGAGGGCAAUUUGAUGUCUCUUGAGGGAAAUGUGAUCGAAAUUCAUAAAACUGACUCUGGUUUCUUCAGUUCAUGCUCAAAUGGUGCAAACGUUGAUUCUCUUCAGUUGAAAGGCCUCGUUAGGACAAGAAGCAAUUUCUGCAUUCACGUUUUAGUGCAUCACCAUAUUGUGAAUAUUUUUGGUUCUGUAAAUAAACAUACUUUCCCCACUGGAUUUGGACCUGGUGUAACUGCAGUAUUUCAUCGAAUUCUCUAUGCAAGGGCACAAAGUAAAUUUAUGUUGGUGCCUGUGUCGUUUAUUGUAAUAAAAUCCAUAAAAGUAUGUGAUAAACAAUGCGGUGACAGGCCCUCUUUUUUAAGCUCUACUAAAGAUGCUGACCAUGCAUCUCCAGAUUAUAUCUCUUGUUUGAUCUCCCAAUUGCCUCAGGACUUGACCCACAAGAAAAUAGUGCUUCGAUGCAGGGUGGUUGCGGUCCUUGUUUUAGUUAUAGAGAGAAAGACCACAAAUUUUAUUGCAGAAACAAAAGUUAAUGCUCAGGGGACUCUUUUGGACAUUCCACUUGCUUGUUUUUUGUUGGAAGAUGGAUCAUCAUCAUGUUGUUGCUGGGCUAGUGCUGAAAGGGCUGCAACUUUGUUGAGACUACGUGAAGAACUCACCACAUCCCAUCAUCUAGGGAGAAUUUUGAAAAAGCACAAAAAAAUUACAGUGAAAAACCAUGGAUUAUAUGUUGAUUCUUCUUGCCAAGAUCAUAUUUUUACAGUUGCUUCUGGGAAUGCUCUUUGCAGUUCCGACGAAAACAUCCUCAGGCUCAUUAUAUUCAAUGCAUCCAUCGGAGGAAUAUGGAAUGUUGUUGCUAGUGGGAUGGAUGCCGGGGAAACAAGACAGUUGGGAGAAGAAUACCUUAAAGAAAUGCUGAAUGUGCAUGACAUGCGGAAUAUGUGGGCCGAAGAAGUCUCUUACCCACGCACUCGGGCUGAGGCAAGAAAUAUGAUUCAGGAACUUUUGAAAAAUUAAUGCGUAUGAAUGUAUUUUGUGAAUAAGUAUACGGCAAUUUCUAUGUAAGAUUUAACGGAAGUAGCAUGCUCAAAUAGGUGUUGUAAUUAGGUUGUGUUCGGCCAACCUCUUUUGGGCUUCUCUUUUAUGUGAAAAGAGAGUAGAAGUUGUACCAAGCAUUUUUUGAAAAACUUGUGAAAAGUAUAGUUUCAAUUUUAUA